CUCUGCUCUGCUCUUCUCUCUCUAGAACAUCAUUUUCAUGGCGGAAAUGAAAACAAGACUCACCAUCGACCCAAAAAAUGGCUUCUGCGCACUAACCAAAACCUUCCAAAGCAUACGCCCACCCGUUCCAUUACCUCCACUCACCCAACCACUCUCCAUAACAGAGUACGUCCUCUCUCUUCUCCACUCCACCACCACCAACUCAACCACCACGCCCGCCACCCCGUUCUUGAUCGACGCCACCAACGGCGAUCGCCUUUCAUACUCCGACUUACUCCACCAAACCAAGACCUUCUCUUCCUCUCUCCAAACCCGAUUCCCUUCUCUAUCCAAAGGCCAAGUGGCGCUCAUUGUCUCUCCUCCCUCUGUCCACGUCCCCGUCCUCUACUUCUCUCUCCUCUCCCUCGGCGUCAUUGUCUCCCCCGCCAAUCCUCUCUCCACCCAGGCCGAGUUAAAUCAUUUGCUCGAACUCACCAAACCCGUCAUCGCCUUCACAACCUCCUCAUUUUCUAACAGGUUUACUUCCCUUCCUCUCGGCACCAUCGUCCUCGACUCCCCUGAAUUUCUAUCCAUGAUGCAAACACCUCAAACCUAUAAACCAAACCGAGUCGAAAUUCACCAAUCUGACUCAGCUGCAAUUCUUUAUUCAUCUGGCACAACAGGACGAGUCAAAGGUGUCGAGUUAACUCAUCGAAACUUAAUUGCAGUGAUUGCAGGUUUAUUCCACAAUAGAAAUGAAGAUGAACAGGAUUUGCAUCCAGUGUCCCUAUUUACUUUGCCGUUGUUUCAUGUGUUUGGGUUUUUUAUGAUAAUUAGGGCAGCGGCGUUGGGGGAGACUUGUGUUUUGUUGGAGAGGUUUGAUUUCGAGAAUAUGCUGAAGGCGGUGGAAAAGUAUAAGGUCACGUAUAUGCCGGUGUCGCCGCCGCUUGUGGUAGCGAUGGCGAAGUCGGAUUUGGUGGGGAAGUAUGACCUCAGCUCGCUUCAGUUGCUAGGAUGCGGCGGAGCGCCACUGGGGAAGGAAGUUUCCGAGCGAUUCACGGCGAGAUUUCCUCAUGUUGAGAUUGUGCAGGGAUAUGGUAUGACUGAGACUGGAGGGGGGGCAACAAGGAUGAUAGGGCCUGAUGAGUCUAAGCAAUAUGGGUCUACUGGCCGCCUAGCUGAGAACAUGGAAGCCAAGAUAGUUGAUCCUGUAACUGGGGAAGCCUUACCUCCUGGACAGCAAGGGGAACUAUGGUUAAGGGGGCCUUUGGUCAUGAAAGGUGCUGCAUAUGUGCCAAUGCUUUGA